AGACAGCCUUUCAGUAAUUCGGGGUUUCUGGAUAACAGAUCCAAUUCCUGUAUCAUUAUUUUAUCAUGGCAUGGUCUACUUAUGAGAACAUGUCAAAGAAGCGUGUGUAAGUUAUGUAAGUAAGAUGAUAAUUGGUCCCUGUGCUUGGUUCCACUCAGAGCCCAGAGCAGUCUUAAUUUGCACUACCAUGGAAAAUAUGCCACUGCCCACCUUAAAAUUAAAUGCAGGCCAUGUGGUGUUGAACAUCCUAAAUGAAUCUGUUUAUUUUUUUAGGUGGACUUACAGAGAAAAAUGGAAGAGAGGAGCCAGUUUAUUGCAGACUAUAAAAAAGAUUUAACCAAGAAGGAAUGGCUUAUACAACAACUGCAAGGAAAGCUUGAUGAAUCUCAACGGAAGCUUUCUGAAGCCAACUAUCACAAGACUGACCUUCAGAAAGAGUUGGAUCACCGGAAGGCUCUUCCUCAGCAGUACAUGAAUGAAGAAGAUGAUCAGCAAUGUCACAUUCACAGAGCACCCCAGUCAUGGGCAGCAGCAACUCAUCCACCAAAGUGCUGUACUUUACUGACCGCUCUCUGACACCCUUCAUGGUCACUUUACCAAAGAGUUUAGGAGAGGUGACACUGAGGGACUUCAGAGCAGCUAUUGGUCAAGAGGGAAGUCACAGAUACCACUUCAAGGCUUUGGAUCCUGAAUUUGGAACAGUGAAAGAAGAGGUGUUUCAUGAUGAAGAUAUUAUUCCAGGCUGGGAAGGUAAAAUAGUAGCCUGGGUGGAAGAAGAUCACGGAAGCAUUUGGUACAAUGAGAAACUCCAUGAUACGGGUCUGGAUAUUUUAUCAUGCUGCCAAAAGAGGAUUCUGCAGGCACCAAAAGGAAAGCUCAUACAUAGUUCCAGCUGCAGGAAAGUGGAUCCUUACUAGUUGCUGGUGAUGCCUUUAAUGCAUCAAACGAGACAAUAUACAUUUGGGAUAGCCGCAAUGACAUUAUUUCUUAGGAUUUAUGUGGUCCCUGCCUUGUGGUUGCCAGCAGCCUUAUAAUGUAUGAAAUACAGUAUGUGAUGAAGAGUAUUCAGUAUUUUUCUACAGGUGCACUA